AUGCGCUGCAACGACAUGGUUUUCUCCUGGAUUGUCAACACUCUUGAUCCCGAAAUCAGCGACAGUGUCAUAUAUUGCACCACGGCCCGCGAGAUUUGGGAGGAUCUCCGUGAACGAUUCUCUCAAAGCAACGCUCCUCGUAUCUUCCAACUUCAACGGGAGACUUCAUAUUUGACACAAGAUCAAUUGUCAGUUGCUGCCUAUUACACCAAGUUGAAAGGUCUUUGGGAUGAACUUGCUUCCUACACUGAUUCUUCUACAUGUACCUGUGCAACCCAUGGUGAUCUCAACAAACUCAUGCAAUUCCUUAUGGGAUUGAACGAGUCUUAUAGUGCUGUUCGUGGUCAAAUUCUCUUGAUGAAUCCCUUGCCGUCUGUUAGGCAAGCAUAUGCCUCCAUCAGCCAAGAAGAAAAGCAACGCACGCUUGGAGCCUCACGAGCUGUUGCUGGAACUUCCGAUACUGCUGCCAUGGCUGUUCGAACUGGACGUCCUAAUCAGAAUCGAUCCACCAAUCGUGAGGAUCGUCGCAUUGACAGGACAGACCAAAAUCGUUCCCAGACCUCCACCCGUGAUGACCGCCGCGCUGGAUCUUCAAGAAACCGACCCCAUUGCACCCAUUGUGAUGACGAUGGCCAUCGUAUUGAUACCUGCUGGAAGCUUCAUGGGUAUCCAGAAGGUCAUCCACGCCACAAACCUAAGAAAAAGCAUGAUGGUCCAUCUUCCAAUCAUGUUUCGGAAGGCCCAACCAAGGAUACGAUGCAGUCUGUUAUGUCCGGCCUUUCGGACCUUCAAAUUCAGCAGAUGUUGGCUAUCAUGCAUGACAAAUCAGUUUCUGACAAGAAAUCCCAGGUCCAUGCAGCUGCCACCAACACAGGUUUGUCAAAAUUAAAAUUUCAGCGCUGGAUUAUCGACAGUGGCGCGACUGACCACAUUGUUUCUUCUCCAAAAUUGUUGGUUCAUCGUAAUAUUGAUCAUUCUGUGCAACCGGUUCGUAUGCCUAGUGGGGAGAAGGCUUCAAUUACUACAACAGGAUCAUUCCCUCUCAAUUCUACUUAUACUUUGCGUGAUGUGCUAUGUGACCUUGCUACGAGGAAGACGAUUGGUUUGGGUAAGCAACAUGACGGGCUUUAUUACUUGGUGGCACUAUUGGCGGAGACACCCCCCAACACAACCCACCAAAAUCCCGCUCACCGUCCAUCCUGCAAUCACACUGUCACCACUACCGACCUUUGGCAUCGUCGUCUUGGCCAUGUUUCUUCCUCAAGAUUACAUUUAUGUCUAAACAUCUACUAG